AUGGCGAGGCUGCGGGAUUGCCUCCCCCGCCUGAUGGUCACGAUCCGGUCCCUGCUCUUCUGGUCCCUGGUCUACUGCUACUGCGGGCUCUGCGCUUCCGUCUACCUGCUCAAACUUCUGUGGAGCAUCGGCAAGGGACCCACGCAGACCUUCCGGAGGGUCGCCCGGGAACACCCUCCAGCGUGCUUAAACGACCCCUCUUUGGGUACCCACUGCUACGUGCGGAUCAAGGAUUCGGGGUUAAGAUUUCAUUAUGUUGCCGCUGGAGAAAGAGGCAAACCACUUAUGCUGCUGCUUCAUGGAUUUCCAGAAUUCUGGUAUUCUUGGCGUCACCAACUAAGGGAAUUUAAAAGUGAAUACAGAGUUGUAGCAUUGGAUUUGAGAGGCUAUGGAGAAACAGAUGCUCCCAUUCAUCGAGAGAAUUAUAAAUUGGACUGUCUAAUUACAGAUAUAAAGGAUAUUUUAGACUCUUUAGGGUAUAGCAAAUGUGUUCUUAUUGGUCAUGACUGGGGAGGCAUGAUUGCUUGGCUAAUUGCCAUCUGUUAUCCUGAAAUGGUGAUGAAGCUUAUUGUUAUUAACUUCCCUCAUCCAAAUGUAUUUACAGAAUAUAUUUUACGACACCCUGCUCAGCUGUUCAAAUCCAGCUAUUAUUAUUUCUUCCAAAUACCAUGGUUCCCAGAAUUUAUGUUUUCCAUAAAUGAUUUCAAGGCUUUGAAACAUCUGUUUACUAGUCACAGCACUAGCAUUGGAGGAAAAGGAUGUCAGUUAACAGCAGAAGAUCUUGAAGCUUAUAUUUAUGUUUUUUCUCAGCCUGGAGCAUUAAGUGGUCCAAUUAACCAUUACCGAAAUAUCUUCAGCUGCCUGCCUCUCAAACAUCACAUGGUGAUCACUCCAACGCUACUACUGUGGGGAGAGAAAGAUGCAUUUAUGGAGGCUGAGAUGGCUGAAGGCACAAAGGUUUACGUUAAGAACUAUUUCAGGCUAACUAUUUUGUCAGAAGCCAGUCACGGGCUCCAGCAAGAACAACCUGACAUAGUGAACAAAUUGAUAUGGACAUUUCUAAAAGAAGAAACAAGGAGAAAAGACUGGCUUUUUCUGUGA